AGUCAAUGCAAGCAGAAGUAGCAAUGGAAGAAAUGGUUCAAAUGGCUGAAAAACAGGGAAUAUCAGAUGGUCAAAGAGAGAGAGAAUUGUUAGAGCAAAUUAAUGAUCUGAAAUAUCAAUUAGAAUCUCAGAAAAGUCUUAGUGAAAACAGUUAUACAAAACAAUUACAAGAAGAAAUUGUAGAUCUGGAGAAAGAAAAUAAUAUCUUACGAAAUAAACUUCAGGAUAAUCAAGAAGAAAUACUUGGCCUUACAAACAAUGUGAAAAAAGAAAAGGAACUAGUAAAACAAUUACAAAGGGAAAAUAGUGAUUUGAAAUAUGAUAUUCAGCAGUUUAAAGAAGAAUUGUCUGAAGGCUGUCAAAAAAUUGAACAGCUACAAGAAGUUACUGAAACUAAAAGUACAGAUACAUAUAAAGAUCUAACCCAGAAACUUUAUGAGAAAAACCAACAAAUAAAUAAAUUGUUUGAUGAAGUGAAGGAAUUUGAGAACAGAAAUGAAAAUCUUCAACAGCAAGUAAAUAAUCUUCAAGAAAAACUUGAAGAUGCCGUUCAACAGAUAGAGAAAAUGACAAAUGAAUACAUCAAAUUAAAAGAAAUGUUUCAUCAGUCACAAGCAGCAGUGCAUGAACUUAAGAAAGAAAGAGAUUAUUAUAAAAAUGAGGUUGCAAAUUUUAGCCAACAAGAAAGCUUUAAAGAUGACAGUGAUGAUCAAAUAUUAAUUACAGUUAGCAAAAGAGUGCAAGAGUGGAAGGAAAUAUUAAGGAAAAAAGAAGAAGAAAUACUUCAUUAUCAAGACUUGGUAAAAAAAUUACAAUCACAGAUGAUUUCUUUUAAAUUAGAUGGAGAUCAUGCUACUGUUGCAAUACUCAGCAAGGCUCUUGAAGAAAAAGAUAGACAGCUUAAUUCAUUAAAACAACAAUUAGCUCGAGCAACAAAAGACAUUGAAGAAAGUACUGAAAUCAUUGAAAAUUUAAAGCUUCAACUAGAAGAUGGAAAAGAUGAUAAUAAAAAUAGGCAGUCUGAUAAGGUUGCUCUUCUUCAAAAUUCAUUACAUGAGACUGCACAUGCUCUUGAAUUAACUCAAGAAAUGCUAGUUGAAAUUGAAGAAGAAACAAAGAAGAAGGAUAAAGCUCUAAAUGAAGCUUUGAAUCGUAUGCGACAAUAUGAAAUGGGUCAGUAUGGAUUAGCAGAUGCAGUUACAGAAAUCAAAGAAUGCAAGAGUAUGAUAAGGAUUAGAGAUAAGCAAAUAGAAGACCUUAUUCAACAAAUAAAUUUGGCAGAAAUAGAGAUUAGUGAUUUAUCUGAUGAAAACGAAUUUUUAAGAAAAAAAUUGGGACUAGAUAGUCAACGUUCUCAAGAAUUAUCUCGAAAUUAUAAGUCUCCUAAACAAAAGGAAGCUGCAUUAAUAUUAUCUCUUCAACAGCAAAUUGAAAGUUUAGAAGAGGAAAGAGUGCAACUUAAGCAACAGUUACGUGAAAAAAAUGAUAAAAAACAAAAACAUAUUGUCAGAUCACCACCUGUUCAGUCACCACUUAUUCAGUCUCCAAAAAAAAAAGAAAAUGCUCUACAGUCUCCUCGUCAUAAAGAAGACAAAUUAUUAGUAUCCGAAUUACAAUCAGAUAAUCAUAAAUUGAGAGAAGCAAUUGAAAAUUUAACAACAGAAAAUCAAAAACUUCAAAUAGGAUUAAAAGAUAUUUCUGAAUAUUUGAAGGAAUUGGAUGGAAAAAAGCUGAUGUAUAAUAGCGAAGAAUUAGAAAAAUUAAUCAAAGAGACCAUACAAAACACAGCUUUAUCAGUCAAUACUACAGUUGACAUUGCUAAAAAUGAAGAAGUAAAUACCGAACUUUCUGAUAAAGAUGAAAAAUCCUUGAGUGAAGCACAGCCACUUUCUUCACCACAGAUUAAAAAUGAUAUUUCUGUUUUAAAUAAUGAUAUGAUAGAAAUUUUAAAGGAAUACAGUUCUUUAGAAACAGACUAUGCAGUUGAUGAAGAAUUGGAAAAAGUUGAAAAACAGUUACCAUUAAAUAAACAACAAAUAGCUUUAUUAUAUAAGCAGUUUUUAGAAGAAAAAUCUCAAUAUGAAGCAGAAAAACAAAAAUGGAUGCAAGAAAAAAAAGAGUUAGAAGAAAGAAAUGAAAUAGACCAAAUCAAAUUAGAGGAAUUUCAACACUUAAUGGAUACUUUAUCUCAAGAUGAAUCAGAAAUCAAAUGCAGACUAGCAGAAAUUGUAAGACAAAUUACAACAUUAAGAGUAAAUGAAACUACUCUUAGUAGGAAAGUUAAUAUCCUUCAAGAUAUUGAAACUGAAAUAAAAAAAGAAAAUAUCAAAUUAAAACAAGAACAUGAUAAUAUUGAGAUUGCAGCAUCUAAAAAGAUUGGAAGUUUACAAAGGUUUAAGGAUUUAGCCAAGUAUAAAAUUAAAGCUUUGAUUUCUGCUUUGGAAGAAAGUGUUCCUCUUGAAGAAGUUGAGAAAGUAAACAAACAAUAUAUGGAGUUAGCUAUUAAAUAUAAUAAUAUGUUAGAAAAAGAACUCUCAAUGUCAAAUAUGGAAAAAGAACAAAUGCAAAUGAUAAAUAAUUGGGAAAAUGAAAAUAAAACAUUGCUGGAUAUCUUAAAAAAUGAGAGAAAGAAGGUGCAUUUACUAGAAGAAACUAUAAAAAAGAAUCUUGGGGAAAACAGUCUUAGAGAAAACUCAGAAAAUUCAGAUCUUAAUUCACUAUCAGAUCAACUAGCUACAUUAGAAAUUAAAGAGUUAAAUGAAAGACAAAAGGCAGAUCAUUUACAGCAGUUAUAUGAACAACAAAAGCAGUUAAUUCAAAGAUUAGAGGAUCGUAAUGAUGAGCUAAAUAAUAAAGUUUCAAAAUUAAUGCAAGAAAGUUUAGAUAAAGUAGUAAUGAAUGGAAAAUUGAUAGAAAUUACAGAUAUGAAUGAUUCUGAAAAUGAUAAGAAAAAAUUAAAAGAAUUAGAGCAGUCUAAAAUGAAAUUGCAAAUUGAAAUAUCAAAACUAAAAGAAAUAGCAGAAGUUGCUCAUCAUCAAUUGAAAUCAAUACAAAGAUAUAAAAUCUCACAAAAUGAAGAAUUAAAGAUCUUGCAGAAACAAUUCUUUGAUUUACAAUGUUCAAGUGAUGAAAAAAUGGCCUUAGGUAAACUCUAUCGCCAAAUAUUACAGCUUCAAUUAAAUGAAGCAUCAAUCAUUGAUCAAUUAGAAACAUCAAAAAAGAAAAUAAUGAAAGUAGAAGCAGAAUGUUUACAAUUGAUGAAUAGAUGUGAAAAUAAGGAGGAAGCUAUUUACACUCUUCAUAAUAAGUUUUUAAAUAAGUUUUGCUUUUUAAUGAAAAUUAUAAGAGAAUUACGUCACGAAUACAGUGGAUCUAUUUCUAUAUCCAAAUUAGAAAAGAUUCAUGAUAAUAUAACUCAUCUUAGACAAGAAAAAAUUCAAAUUUUAAAAGAUAUGCAAAAUUAUAAUGAAAAAUUGGAAACAGCACAAUUAAAACAACUAGAAUUUGAAAACAAAAAUAAAAUUUUAGAAGAAAAAUUAGAAGCUAUAAAAUCCAACAAAUUUACUGAAAAAAUGUUUGAGUGGCACAAUCAAAUUGAAUCACUUCGUUUAAAUGAGUUGAAGUUAAAUCGUGAAGUCAAAAAAAAAUCACAGGAAAUUGCUCAUCAAAACAAUCAGAUUUCAUACUUGGAGAAACAACUUGCAGAUUUGGAAGAAGAAAAUAUAAAAUUAGAAAAGAAAUUGGAAGAUAAAUGGUUACAUUGGGAAGAAACCGAGAUUGAAUUAGAAAUGCAAAAAAAGGAUAUUCAAAAAACAAUUGGAGAAUUUCCACCCUUACCUCAGUUUGAACAGUUAUUUUCAGGAAGACCUGACCACUCACAAUCUGAAAAGAUCCAGUUAGAACAAGCAGUGAACAUUAUUAAAAUGAAACAAGCAUCUUUAGAAGAAAAUCAGGAGACUAUUCAGGCUUUAAAAGAUAAUAUUUCUCAAUUAGAGAAAAAACUACAAGAAGCUGAAAGUGCAAUUCUUGCUCGAGAUCAUGCUAUUGCUCAGCUAAGAAGUCAUAUUUCAAUAAAUUCAAGCAUGGAAGAUGGACUUUCAUCAUCAUUAGAUCAUACUGAAAUCAAACAAAUGCUUAAGACAGCUCAAUCAACUGUUGCUUGUUUGCAGGCAAGGCUGGAUCAAAAAGAAGAGAGCUUAUCCAGAUAUAAAGAGCUUCUCCAUAAAGCUCAAGAGGAAGCAGAGAUCCAAAAAGCAAACCAUCAAAAAGAACUGUUAGCAAUGUGGGAAAAACUGCAAAUGCAACAAGAUCAAGCUAUUUCAGCCAUUAGACAAGUAGCCACCAAAAUGAUAAACAAGCCAUCAAAUGCCAUUGCAAAUAAACAGGUAGCUCGUCUACAACAUUUAGAAGAAUCUGUAAUAGAUCAAGAGAGAGAGAUUUUGUUAUUAUCUGAACAGUUAGGAACAAGUCAAAAAGAGGUUGACAAAUGGAAAGAGGAAGUUGAAAUUGUUCGAAAACAAAGAAAUAAAGACCAAAAAAGUAUAGAACAAGAAUUAAAAGAUAAUGUCCAAGCAUUAGAGGAGGAACUGAAUAAGAAAAAUCAGGAACUCAAGCAAAACGAAGAAAAAAUUUCUAAACUGCAAGCUGAAUUAGAGUCUCAAAAAGAACUUUUUAAGCCUGAAAUAAGUGAAAAAUCUGUUACUCUAUAUGAUAAUCUUAAACAGGAAUUAGCUGAUAAAGAAAAGCAAUUAAAGGCUUUAAGUAAAGCUUUAACAGAAUUAAGAUCAGAUAUGAUGGUUACUGUGCAAGAUCAUCUUAAUUUACAAAAAUAUGGAUCUAGUCAUGAUGCUGCAAUACAACAAAUUAUAGAAACUAACACAAAAGAAAUGCAAGAAAAAAUAAAAUUUUAUGAAUCUCAAAACUUGAAACUGAAACGUGAUUUGAAAUUGCAAACCGACAAAUCAUCAACAAUGGAAAAAGAAAUACAAAGUUUCAAAGAAGAUUUAGCUCGAAAAUUAGAUACAAUCACAAAAUUAAGAAAAGAAAAUGAAAUGCUGCAAAAGAAAAUUAACAAAUUGAAGAUAAAUAUACAAGAGAGGAAAAUGCUACCCAUAGAAAGUGAUGAAAUUUCUAAACUACAAAAGAAAAUUUUAACUCUAGAAGAGCAAUUAAAGAGACAUCAGCAACCUGAAAAACCCUACGAUGAAGUUACCAAUCUAACAAAGUCACAGGAAGAAAUCAUUCGUUGGGAAGAAGGAAAAAAAUGGCAGCAAACUGUCGAACGUUUAAAACAGCGUUGUCAGGCCAAAGAAGAAGAGUUAGAAUCUCUUAAAAAGACUGAAAAAUUAUUAAGAGAUAAGAUAAAUAGAUCUGAUCGAGAAAAAAUGAUCUUAGAGAACAGAAUUAAAAAUCUUUAUCAGAAAUUAUCUGCAGAAAAUAAUGAAAGUGUAAUAAAAAAUCCUGUUUAUCAAGACUUACAAACUAAAGCUACAGUUUUAGAGAAGAAUAAUGCAGAACUUGCAGAAAAACUGCAGACAGAAAAAAAUAAAUGUAUUUCACUUGAAGAAACAAACAAAAAAUUAUUAAGUGAAAUUGAGAAGCUAGAAAAAGAGAAGGAAAAAAAAAGUGAAAUUAUGCCAGAUUAUAGAGAAGAAACAGAACAUAAUGAAGAGGAGGUAUUAAAACUAAAAGAAGAAAAUCUAGAAUUGAAAUUACAAUUAAACCAGUUGCUCUUGGAGAUGCCGCAACUACAACAGAGUAAUAAUAUUCUAAAGGAGAAAGAAACUGUAAGCUCAAAAUUUCAAAUUAAAAUGUCCUUAUCUGACAAAAAAGAAGUAUCAGAAGAAUUAUUACAUUCAGAGGGCAAAACUCAGGAUUCGGAUAAUUCUUUACAUUCUGAAGAAGUUACAUAAAAGUUAAAGAAUGUAUUUGAAUAUUUAGCCCAAAAAGAAGAAUCAAAAUUGAACUUGAGUAUACAAGAACACAACUACAAAACAGAUCUUUUCAUUUGUAUAAUAAUAAUGCACAGUUUGUAUUUUAUUUAUUUAUUUAAUAAAACAAAUAUUAUUCUGACUGGAGGUGGGAACAAUUAGUAAUGCUUUAGUUGUAAUUUUUCAAAUUGAGCUUUACAAUUAGCUUUAACA